CUAGAUUUAAAAGUUGACUUAAUAUGACAGUCAGGUCAUACAACUCUCAGGCCGCAGACAGAAUAAACACGAGAAGCUGAUACGAGCUGGUGGAUGGCAUUAGCAGACCAAAAGAGGGGAGCAUUAGAGUGCCUAUAACCAGAGUGACGACAUCUCAUCCGUAAUUUUGGCAACAAUUCAAAACAUUCCAUUAGUUUUACAUUGAAUUGACAGGUCGUUUGCUCGUUUGGAACUGGGAGCUGUCAUUGCAAACGAACAGCUGUCGCCACUCUGAUUAUAGUCACUCUAGGGAGCAUACUUUCAGCAAGCCAAAGAGGCCCUGUUAGAGUGCAAGCGAUAAAUCUGCUCAGCUUUCCCUCUGACAAGGUCCUUUUAAUUUAGUGUAAGUACAUUACUCGCUUUGGUCUGUACCAAGUUUGGCUGUGCUUUCUCGUGCUCUACGGCCUUAGCCUAACAAUAAAGCUUCAAAUUGUAAUAUAAAUGUUUUUUUUUGUGUUGAUCAUCAAAAAUAUGCACAAAAAUUUUUACUUCAAUUUGUGAUUUGUCUGUUGUUUAAUAAACUUUCGUCUCCUCACUGCAAUAAAAUACUGAAAGAUAGCUCUGACGAAAAUUCUGUAUUAGAUCUGUGAGGAUGUAAAAAUCAGUAUAAUACAGAUAAAUCUGUAUAAAUGGCAUCUCUGGUCGUCAUUGAAGUUUCUAUGCCCGGUGAAAAAUGAAUGGCGACCCUAUAGUGCGACUAAAAACAUGAACAUGAAAAAGUGUUGAUUUUCGGCAGUGUAUUAAAAGAAACAUAUUUUAAAAAGCUGUCGAUUUUAGGCAAUGUACGGAACGUGCGUGCAAACAGCAAAGUAUGUUCGCUCAAAAAUGAUCAGCCAAAGGCGAGAUAUUCUUUGCAAAUUUGCAAAUUCCUUGGAGAGCAUUGUUAAUCCACCUCGUGAUUUGAGUGCUUCGAACUUGGUAAAUAAUUGAACAACGUAUGCAAUGAACGAUUCUUCUGAUAUAGGCAGCCUGCACACGAUGAUGGGCUCAACUGAUUCAAUGACGGAGUGCCGAAUGAACAUGGUCAACAACCAAUUUAUGUCCGAUAUUGUUCUAAUUGUCGGCACUGGUAAUCAAAAGCAGCGAAUUUUUUGCCACAAACUUUUUUUAGUAACCGCUUCUAAAUAUUUUGCCACCAUGCUCUCAAGUGGCUUCAAGAAGACUACCAUGACGGAAAUCACAUUGGAAGAUACAGAUUCAACGUGCUUUUUAGAAAUUUUACGAUUCGUUUACUCCAACAGGAUGAAUAUUACGUCGGAUAACGUGCAGGAGAUAUGCAAUCUUUCUGAAAGGUACUUGUUUCCGGAUGUGUUGGUGCAUGCAUCCGAAUUCCUGUUAAAAUCUGUCACUGAAAAAAACGUGCUGCAGAUUCUGCAACUGAACCGUCGAUGCAAAUUCGAGAAUGUUGAUGCACGAUGUUUGGAUAUAAUUACACGAAAUCCUAUGUUAUACUUUAAAGAGAAAAGUAUCACUUCACUCGAUGCCGAUUCGUUGGAACUAAUCUUUAAAGCGAGACGUAUAAAUUGCUCGGAUUAUCAAUUGUUGGAAGUAUUAGAAAAAUGGAAGAAGGUUGGUAACGCCGAUCUAAUUCAAUCGAAAGCUAAAGCAGAAACGAAUUUGAAAGCAAUUAUUGAGAAUACUCCUCGAUCAUUGAAAUGCAAUACUUUAGAUGUAUUUGGAAGCUUAACAAAUGAACUUGAUGACAGUAUGGAUUUCCGCAUCAAUUCGAAAAAUCCAAUAUUCCUGCUAGGUAUGGGAAUAUAUUUUGAACCGGAAUGCAAAAAUCUUUCUGUUUCUGCCCAAAUAAGAGAAAUAUAUGCACGUAGACCUGUCGAAACCGCACAUGGUGAACUUUCGAUCGAGAAUACAGACACAGUUAACAUACUUGAUGCGUUUUUACCUUGUACUAAAUUAUUACCACAGCAAGAUUACAGGAUUAUCUUGUCGCAGGAUGCGGUUUGCGUGAAGAUGACGUCAUGUGUGCAUGAUAAUAUUGAAGUAAAAUUCAAACAGAGUCACAGUUUCUUGGCUUAUUUUCUUUAUAUGGAUUGUAAUGACUAGUUAAGAAUAAUGAAGAGAUUACAAUAAAAUAUUCAGGCAUGUUUAUUCUAUAGCUCUUGCAGCACGUGUCUGUCAAGUAUUAAAAUAAACUAUUGUAUUAUUGUGGUUUUCAGCGGGGCAUAGAAUGCGUCGAAAUCGCCGCUGAAUAACGAAAUAGUGAGUGUCAGAAUUACAGAUGACAGGUUGCAGAUUUGCAUAUAAAUUUGCCGAUUUCUAUUGUAAGCAGACUUGGCUGACUUUUUUUUACAGGUUUUUGAAACUUUUAUAUAUCGUCAAAUUUACAGGCUCAAAAUAGCGUUAGGCUUUUUGUUUGUUUUGUGCUUGCAUUGGAGGAUUUCUAGUAUGCAGACUUGAAAAUUUUACCUUACCAGGCUCACAGAUUUUCAAUUUUUUGCAGACCUUUUUUUUUGCUCACCAAAAUAAAACCGAUCAUCUAGGGCAACGGCUCCCUAUUUCAUCUGAGCUCCUAUUUUCAUCUCAUCCCUUCACCUCAUCUCUUUGAACAUGAAUAAUAUUCUAAAACCUACCUGAACCAAACUGUGAAAUGUUUUAAAAA